AGAUUAACCUCUCCAAUUUCUCUCUCUAGAUUUUCUGUUUCGCUUUAAUCUCUCUCGCUCAAUCUCUCUCUUUCUCUCUCUCUCGCGUAUACAACAUAAAAACAAAUUAGGGCAAAUAACAAUGCUCGCUCUCUAAUGUUCAUAUGUAAUUCACAUUUUUUCAAUCAAUUGAUGAUUUACAAUCUUCGAUUUCUUCACAGUUCGAGUUGCUUCAAUGGACUCGAACAUUAAUAAAAGCGACGUAAGCUCCUGGCAUUUGAUCUUCUCGCUGUUGCUCGCCUUCGUUUUCCUUUUUCUUCGCUUCGUACUCAAUCGAUUCGUCUUUCGUAGGUUGGCCAUUUGGGUAUUGAGCUUUAAAAGUAUAUCUUUGAAAUAUGACGAAUCUUCACAAGCAAAAAUUGAGAAGUGCAUGGAGUCUAUGUGGAAGCUAACUUACUAUGGCACUGCCGAAGUUUGUAUACUGAAGGCUAUAAACCACGAGAAGUGGUUCAGGAGUACAGAGGAAUACUUCAAAGGCUGGCCGAAUCAGGAGUUGACGUUUCCUGUAAAGCUUUAUUAUAUGUGCCAGUGUGGGUUCUACCUCUAUAGCAUUGGUGCCUUGGUCAAAUGGGAAACACGCAGGAAGGACUUUUCUGUUAUGAUGUCUCACCAUAUAAUAACUGUCAUCCUCAUUAGUUACUCAUACAUUACAAGGUUCUUCCGGAUCGGGUCUGUUGUUCUAGCAUUGCAUGAUGCAAGUGACGUGUUCAUGGAAGCAGCCAAAAUUUUCAAAUAUGCUGAGAAUGAGCUUGGUGCAAGUGUACUUUUUGGGUUUUUUGCUAUUUCAUGGCUUCUAACGAGGCUUAUAUUUUUUCCAUUUUGGGUUAUUCAUGCUUCAAGCUAUCAUCUUGCUAAGGUCUUGAGGCUCUCAGAGGCAUAUGACAUGUUACUAUAUUAUGUUUUCAACACAAUGCUAUUGACCCUACUCGUGUUUCACAUCUAUUGGUGGAUACUCAUAUGCUUUAUGAUCAAGAGGCAGCUAAAAAAUAGAGGGCAGGUUGGAGAAGAUAUAAGAUCUGAUUCAGAAGAUGAUUAGUUGGAUGGAUCUGCACCUGGUUACUGUUCCGGAGGAGAGAUAUUAUCCUGCCAGAGGAUUACAUUUGACAUGACUGUAGAUUUGUCACUGUAUCUUUAUGUUCUCAUAUAUCGUAGAAUGGGUAGGCAUCUUGGUAUAGAUCUGAUGUAUAAAUGAUAAGAAGUUAACAUGAGUUUUUUGCUUGCAAUUCUUACCAGAAGGGAAUUGUAUUUUAGUUUAGAAUUACAGAAAAUUAUAUACUAGAGUCUAUAUUCAGGUUCUUGGGCUUUACAA